GACUGACUCGACUGUCAGUCAGUCGACUCAAGUCGACUUAAGCUAGCUUAAAAGCACAUGCUUUCACUUUCACUUUGACUCACAAGUUGUCAGUUGUUUUUUAAAUUUUUUACUCAGCGUUUUUUGUGUUUUACCAACAAUAAACAAACAUAAGUUCAGUGUUUUAAAAUGUCAAAAAGGGUGAAAACUGGUAAUUUGGAAUGGCCUGUCGAAAGGAUCCACCAAACCACUAUUGAUGGAAGACUUUAUGAAAAAGUGACAUGCUCAUGGUAUGCAAAACCAUCGGAUGUAACCUGCUACGAUGAAGAUGAACCCUUAGAAGAUGCCGAAAGAGAUGUAAACUGCUUCACCGAAGAAGAAAUAAGUGACCAAACAUUGGAAUUAAGAAGGAAAAAAAGAGGAACCAUUACCUGGAAGUGCCCUUAUUGUGGUAAACCUUUUCCUCAAAGAAGGGAUAAUGCUAAUAGGCAUUUAAAUGGCACAAAAAAUGGCGAUGGUAGUAUAAAUAUACCACCAAGUUGUAAACUAAGAAAACAAGCUGAACCCAAUCUUUUAGUAGAUUCUGUAAAAGAAUUGAUUCCGAUCAGCCAUCGGAAAUGA